AUGACAUCAUUUAUACUCAUCGCAAUUGCCUACCUGUCGCUCAUAUGGGGGGCGCAAACAGCACCCAUAAAUACAGGAACAACAAACACAGUGGAUGUUACUCAUCAAGAGGAUGCGCGCACAAAGCGGAACAUCGAAGUGCCGCCACCGGAAAUUUUGAGUUUUAUGCGCCGCUUUGGCUACUUAGAACCCAAUCCCAGUGAUUCGGAAUCGCUUUAUCAUGAGUCGGCGAUUGUAGAGGCUAUAAAGAAUGUACAAAAAUAUGGAGCGCUCAAUCAGACGGGCAAACUGGACAAUGAAACAUUAGAGCUGUUCACCAAACCACGCUGCGGUGUUCCCGACAUUGAGGGCAUUCCCUAUUAUCUCACCAGUAGCACACAACGCUCAUUUGUCAAUGGCAGCAGAAGCAAAAGAAGUGACUCAGAAGCGGAAAAUGAUUUUGCCAUACGUAAAAAGCGUUUUGUGGUCGGUGCGCCUACUUGGAAGAAGCGGCGUAUCAGUUAUCUUAUAGCCAAUUGGUCUCAAAAAAUCCCCCAAGCGCAAGUGGAGCGUGACAUUGCCCGCGCCCUUGUACUAUGGGCUCAAUACAGUGGGCUACGGUUUGAACGCAUCAACGACACCAGCGCCGAUAUAAUAAUGGGGUUCGCCAGACGCUAUCAUGGAGACAACUUCGCUUUUGAUGGCCCUGGCAAUAUACUCGCGCACGCCUUUUAUCCCUACGAAAUGGGUUCCUGGGGUGGUGAUGUCCACUUCGACGAGGAUGAAAACUGGCAAGAAAACUCCACCGACCUAGCAACAGGUGUCGAUUUUUACGCAGUUGCAGCUCAUGAAAUCGGUCAUAGCUUGGGUUUGGCCCAUUCGCCACACUAUAACUCAAUUAUGUUUCCGUACUAUAAAGGACCGGGUGCAGGCACAACGUUAGAUUAUGACGACACAUUGGCAAUGUAUUCGAUAUACAUGACUAAGGUUUUGGAGGAUGAUGUGGAUAUCGUAACAACAACAGAGAAGCCGGAAAUAGUCGAGACCACUGCCAUUGUGGAGGAGAGUUCUAAGCAACCAACUCAAACUAGAAUACCAUCUUUUCAUCACGAUUUCGAAACUGUAAGAGAGCACAAAAAUCGUUUUGAAUUCAAUGACACACAAUCAACUGAACUGGAAAGCUCUACAACGCUACGCACUACUACGGCAAUAACGGAUGUCAAGCCGGAACUCUCCAAGAUACCCAGUAUUUGCCAGGGCAAAUUCGAUGCGGUCAGCGUUUUAAACGGAACGGUUCAUGUCUUCAAGAACGAAUAUGUCUACAAGCUAACGUCGCGUUACACCAUCAUGAAUGGUUAUCCCCUGAGUAUUUACGAAAUGUUUCCAUUUCUGCCGGCAGACAUAAAGCGUAUCGAUGCAGCUUAUCAACGCUACGACGGAGCUGGCGUAUUUUUCACAGGUGACAAAUAUUGGGUGUUCAGCUAUGCGCAGAAUAUGCAUCCAGCUCUUAUUGAAGAUAGUCCUUUGCCGAUAGCAAACUUGAUUAGUUACGUUUCCAACAUUGACGCAGUAAUGAUGUGGCCGAAAAAUAAUCGGACCUAUAUAUUUUCUGGUACGAAAUUUUGGCGAUUUGAUGAUCGUCUGCGUAAGUUAGAUGACGGCUAUCCAAAGUCAAUGAGUCGCUGGCCCGGCAUACCGAAUCACAUAGAUGCAACGGCAACGUUAAGUAAUGGCAAAACGUAUUUUUUCAAAAAUAAUAUUUACUGGUUGUACGACAACGUCAAUGUUCGGCCCAUGCGCGGCUACCCUCGACGCACUUCAAGCGCCUGGUUGGGCUGUGUCGCAUCGACUAGAAAGCCACUACGUAAUUACAACACAACAGUAACUUUUAUUGCACCUUCGACUUUGGUUUCGAGCUAAGUUUCGACUUAUCCUUAGGUUUCGAUUUACAUUUUGAUUUAGCAAUUGAAUUAGGAAUGGAUUUAAACA